UUUGUGUAUUUAAGCAAGAAGGAACAGUUCGAAGCGUUGAGUGAGUGCGAUACGCAACAAUGGCGGAGAGCGCGAAAAUGGUGGACCUUCAACUCACCUUAAAGCCUUUCUAUAAGAGAGCCGCAGAAGCAGAGGAGCGCUUAUCAAGACUAGAAGCUACCUUGAAUAAUAAAGAAGAUGCUAGAAAUGAGGAAAACACGAAAGUGAUUAAUGAUCUUCAGUCAAAGCUGAAAGCUGCAAAUGCAGAAAUUAUUUCGGAAAAAGAGAAGAUUCGAACGCUUACAGAAGAAAAUGCAAAACUUCAAUACCGAUUAAUUCAUCUCGCGAGAUCACUCAAGGAAGCUAAUUUAAAGUUAGAGCAAGUGAGUAUCGCUGAUGUUUCUUUCAAUGGUUUUGAUUAAUUAAUAAAUGCGCAUUAUUUCAAC